ACUACAUACAUGGAUUUUCCAGUCCAUCAUUAAAUGGACAGGAGGGAGGGCUGAGGUGGACAGCGGGGCUCAACGACUUUAUCCAUGCCCACAUGUCUACAGUAAACGAGCUGGAGGCUUCCAGCACUUGGAUAUUCGGCUAUGGCUCGCUGGUUCAUACACCUAACUUUGACCACACGGCCAAAGUUGUUGGCUGGGUCAGGGGCUGGAAACGUGUAUUUUGGCAGGGCUCGACCGAUCACCGCGGCACGCCGCAGCGACCCGGGCGCACCGUGACGCUGACGGAGGAGCCGGGCGCGGUGACGUGGGGCGCCGCCUUCAGGCUUGCGGGGCCGCCACAGGAGCAGGCAGCCACACUAGCAUAUCUGGAGUGGCGGGAAAAGCAGUACGAUGUACGGCAUUAUGUGGACGUGUACGGCGCGGACGGUCAGCUGCUGGUGAAGGGCGCUCUGGUCUACAUUGCCAGCCCCGCCAACUCCAACUAUCUGGGCCCCGCGCCACUGCCCGCGAUCGCCACGCAGAUCGCCACCAGCCGCGGCCCGUCGGGGCCGAACUGCGAGUACCUGUUCAGGCUGGCGGACGCGAUGCGUGCGGCGGGCGUGCAUGACGACUCGGAGCUGUACGAACUGGAGGCGCUGGUACGACAGCAGCUGCUGGAGAUCAGUGCGCAACAGGGUGGGGAAGGGCAGGGGCAGGGGCAGGGGCAGGGGCAAGGAUUGCCACAGCAGGUGGAGCUGGCCUCGGCCGAGGGCCAGGGGGUGCCGGGGGCAGAGGCGGUGCAGGUGGUGGAGGAAGAGCACCAUGUGGAGUUCCGGAGGUGGCACCAGCGCGCACAGCAGCAGCUGCAAGGGCAAGCGCAGCAACAAAUGCAAGAGCAGCAGCAAGGGCAACCUCAGGAUGGGAGCGAUUCUCCGGCGCGGCCGCAGCAGGAGCCCGUCGCAGCGCGUGCAUAUGGGGCUGCCGAUGGGGUAUCUGACGCAUACAAGGCCAUGCGGCGCGAGUAUGUGGCUGCAGGGGCAGAUGUGCGGGGCAGUGUGAUGCAUGUUAUUGCGCUGAGUGGUGAAGCGGCGAUGACAGCGGCGGGACAGGAGGAGCAAGAGUUCGGGUAAGGGAAGGCGGUGUGCCCCCUUCAGACCCGUUGUGAGCGAUAGGAUGCGGCAGAGAGAAGGAUGCAGUGCAGCGCGGAGGAGGUUAGCAAGUAUGCGUCCCAGGCAAUUCUCUCAGACCCGCGUGUUGGGCUGUCCCAUCUGGUAACCUCACAUUCUCACGUGCUCCUCCCGGUCCAUCCGGCUUGCCGUUGAUUGGAUGGUAGGGACAUCUACGGUAAGUGAGUGUGCGAUGGGACCGUGGUAAGGCAGGUUGGUAAAGUCCCGUAGGGUGCAGCUGAUUCCCAGAACCCAACAGAUGGCACACAAUUGGCAACGGCAGGGCAGGAGUGCGCGGCUGGUCGAACGCCGGAGUUACUGUACCGACGAGUUGCUGGCUGGCUGGAAGUUUGCUGACGCGCAUUCCUCACGCUCCGGGCGCCCGGCCAGGCGAUAGCACCACACAGACACACCGCAACGCUACACUCGCGAGGCAGAGCCGCAUCGCACGCCUGCAGGAAGGUGACCAGCGUCCACGAUGAGUAGGCAACCGCAGAGAAAAUGCAAACGGAAUGCAGCAAAGCAAUGGCCGGGCGACAGUGUGGCAAGAGGCGAGGCAAGGCAGAAGAGGGCGCCCGAAUGUACGGAUGAG